AUGGCGACGGACACACCGACGACGACGAGUGCCGUGGCGUACCCAGCGUGGUUUAUUCUUCUGGUCGCGGUGCUUUUCUGCAUUCUGUUUGCAUGGGCGACGCUGCGCUACUGCUCUGGCUGGUCGACGGGUGCCGAGGCGCUCUCGAGCAAGGAAACGCCUGACGUCGUCAUCGACGCGACGCGCGUCAC